AUGCCUUCUAGUUCUGUUUCUCUGUUUGUUGGGAGUUUGCUUCGUUUGACAUUUUUGGUGUUUAUUGUUUUUGGAUUUGUGGAGGGGAAUGAGGAACCGACUUGUUCAAAAACGCUCAUGCCGGUAUAUGUUGUUUUGGGACUUUUGAAUGUUUGCCUUAUUGGUGGCGUUAUCUUUCUCUCUUACAAAUUAUUCUUUUCUAAAGGAAAUAAAGAAGGAAAGAAGGAAGAAGAUAAAGGAGAUAAAAAGAAGGAAGGGGAAGGAGAUAAGAAGGAAGGGGAAGAACCUAAAAAGUAAAGGAAUAAUAAUGUUUAGAAGAUGUGAUUUGGAUGAAAUGUCUUUUUUGUGUUUAAAAAUGUUACCUCUUUUUGUUUAUCAAAUGUUGUCUAUUUGCUUUAAAGUUAGCAUAAAUUAUUUCUUUUGUAGACAAAUGUUUUCUAAGUAGAGAUGAU